AUGGCCUUCCUCGAUCAGAACAGAAGAUUGCGUGACGAGAAGCAGCGGAAAUUCUUAGGCACAGCCAGUAUCAGAUUUGAGGCCUUGGACUUCUCUUUAUGUCAACACCAGAAACCACUGGGCGGUGGGCCCGACAAGGAGAAUGUUGAUAGCUUGGAAAACUUGUUCCGGCGGGGGUGCGGCUGGUCACCAGAUCAAAUCAGCCAUCAGAUCCCAGCCUUGAUUGACCCGGCAAAACUUAGUGAAGCUCUACAGUUCGCCGGAAUCCCGGAUGAAAGGCUCAAAAGAGCGGGAGGAGAUUUUGUGGAACUGAAUUUCGCUCCCGGCGUCUGCGUCCAUUGUCUGAAAGGCCAGCACCGGGUGCUGGCAGCCGACGCAACAGUCACAAACCGAAAUAAACGUUGGAUUGUACGCCUUUACGCAGCAGACCUUAGCCAUGAGGCGAGAAACGACUUGGCUGAUGAGCAAUCAAACGAAAGGCAAAUCACUGACGCAGAAUUCUUCUACCGUAUGACUCUGCACUGGCUAAGGCAUGAUUCUGAAUCUGAUCCAGUAUCUGUCAACAAAUGGUUCGCUCUGCUUGGCCGCAAGUCUGAAUCAAAAGCUAGAGAUGCUAGACGACUGUGGUUUGGUCCAACAUCUUAUAGAGAUGUUUUCAAGCCCUUCCACGAGAUCCCCGCUCUGUUCUGGGGGCUCAGUAUUGGCAGCACGAGCAAGAUUAUAUCCAUGCCGAAGCGGCAGACCAAGAAUCAAAUCAAGCGUGUGUUCGAAUUCUGGGAUGACGUCUGUCAACAUGAUGCGGAUAAAAAGAUGAGACUAGACAUGAACACGAUAAAGCAGAUUAGCGGGAAAGCACCGGGUGCCAGCAGUGCGCAUCGCGAAGAGCUUGCCGAGAACGGGGAGAUCUUGAGUAAUUUCAACGCAGAAGAACGACGCACGAUCUUGGAUCGCCUUCAGCUAGCUACCCGAGACCGGUCGGCUCCCACACUCAAAAUCUUUUACGGCAACGUUGUGUACUUGCAGAAAGUCGUCGACUGCCUCAGAAACCUUGUUCGUGCCGAUUGCAAGCCUCGGGACCUAUGGCAAGACCUUAACCAAGGUUUCGAGGAGAGAGAAGGCGGUUUAUGCUUGUUACAGGUGUCUGAAAAUCGUUGCAAGCUGGUUGAAGCAGAAGGCACUGACCAAUUCGAGCUCGCUUGCAGACAGCUGUGGCUCUUUGCCCUACGCGAGUAUCCCUCCAUACCUCGGGAGACCAAACAACAACGGGCCGGGCCCAAGAGUCGUACGGAUCAAGAGAAGCUCUUCAAGCUGGCUGUGCUUGCCCAUAAACUUGGAUGUCGGUCGGAACAGAUCUCCGACAUAUUGGCCACUGCGUGCUGGAAGCCAUCGUCCACGCAGUCUAAUGACGUCUCGGACCCGGACUACGACACAAAACCUUACCUGUGCGGCAGGCCUCAUCCCGGGGACCUGGAUUUGUACAAGGGCUCGCUUUUUCUCUCCAACUUUCACAAACCUUUUGAUCCGAACAGUCCUGGAUCCUCCUUUUUCUUUAUUCAGCGAUCACUCUACUUCGAUAUGUUUCCGGAUCACCCACAGGGCAUCGACGUUCUAAUGAACCGUGCUGCUGUCGUAGGUGAACAUGACCUUGUUGACGAUACCUACCGGCCUAGGAUUCAAGACAACAAUGAAGAUUUAUUGAAGACGAGAGACCAACUUCUUGCCCAAAUCUCCGAACUACAGCAAAGAAUUAAAGAGGAUACAAUGCAGCGUGAAGAGCUCGAUAGCCAGCUCAGGGAGAUCGAAAUUGGCGGGUAUCAGAUGGAGAGGUCCAAGGAAGAGCUCAGUGAGAAAAUAGAGGCUCAAAAAUUAAAUUACAACAAUCUCUGCAGUGAUUAUCAGGCGCUUGCUUUGAAAAGCACUGCAGAGGCAGAACAUCUUAAUAGAAUCAAGAUGGAAGUUGAAACGGAGAGCGCCCAUCUUACAGAGCUCCAAAAACAAGCAGCGGAUGUUAGGGGGCAACUAGUAACCCUAGACAACGACAAGAACACACUCGAGUCCAAGAUCCUAGAAUUGAGAGGCCAAGCUAAUCAACUGGUGAGUAGUUCUGCCCCAGGUCGGCUCCUUGCUAACAGGGCGCAGCACGAAACCAUAAAAGAACAAUCUCAGCAGACUAAGAAUCUAGAAACACAAUACGAGCAACCAAAUACUCAACAGGAUGGUCCGGUCGCGACGGGCUCCGAACAGGCCGUCUUAGCCGCCACAUCACAGAUAUUCGACUACGAGCAGAGCCAAAUGACGUUUCUGGUCGAGCUGAGGAGGAGAACGAGGAUUGUGAAGACGGAGAGAAGGUUGGAAGAAUGGCUAGAUAUGUUUAGGGUAAAUGGCUAUAGUAUGGUCGAUAACCAUGAGAAGACAUUGGUGCCUCAUUCAUGCUUUAAAGCACUAAAGAAUGAGAAAGAAGAGGAGAACCGGCUCAUAGUCCUCUUCAAAGACCGGUUCAUCUACGGGGAAAAUGACUUCUUGGAAAAGAAUAGCUUUGAUACGCGACCAAGGAAAAGGGCAAAGUUGCAAGAAAGCACCGGUGGCGAUAAAUAA